AUGUUUGUAUUCUCUGUUCUUGUUGCCACAGUGGCUGCAUCAUAUCCAUCAACAAACACUGGUGGUUCACAUUAUCCAGCUCCACCACUAUUCCAUCCAUAUCCAUAUUUACCACCAUAUGAUGGCGAUUCGUAUGAUUAUGAGGAUGAUUAUGAUAAUCAUCACCGCAAUCCAUGUGGUAACAUCGGAUUCUAUCUUCCAAGUUAUCCAGGUGUUUUAAACGAGGCAUUCUACACACCAACCAUCAGAUAUAUUAGAUCAAGAGAAAUAAUUCAAGCGUUGUUGGCAUGCGAUGCAAAUGGACAAACUGUCAACGGUCUUUUCGCUAAAUAUAAUUCAUCAAAUGAACUCAAACAAAGUUAUUUAAAAACACAGCUAGAACUAUUUUCAGCUACACUGGAAGUGCUCUUGUAAACUCCGCACCAGGAUAUAGAAAAAAUGUCAGUGUUUUCAAAGUCGCCUGUCUUCGCCUCGACAAAACAUUCCUUGGAUCUGAAACUGAUAUUGCUAUUGAAACUCUUGAAUCUGAAUUAGCUGCUGGUUAUACUACUACAACCCCAGCAAAGGGUAAGUGGCAGGUUGCUGACAACAAUAAAAUAAUUGUUUUUCUAGUCUUGGAGUGCGAAGCUGGCUGGACAAAAGUCGAGCGAAUCAUGGGUGCAUGGUGUAUUAAAGUUUUGAGUUUGUCGUCGCCAGCAACCCAAACUUCAGCCCUUCAAAAAUGCACCGAAGCUGGUGCUGUGAUUUCAUCUGUCGAAAACAACGAAGAGCUUCUACUUAUCGGAAGUCCCACAACAUUUGUUUACAUUUUUCUAGGUGCAACUGUUAAAAGUGAUUGUGUAUGUGCAGGUGGGUCAUCAGAAAAAUGCGUGAGAUCUUGAACACUUUUUCAGACCACGAAUAUUGCCCAGAAACAGCUACGUGUAGUUUGAAAACAGCAUACACUUGGAGCGACGGUUUUACCACUGGUACUGAAGUCUUCGACGCUGCUCAAGAUGGUAGAUAUGGUGACUCGCUAUUUGUGGUGGGUUACGGUGUUACAUAUACGCUUCUCGGUCUGCAUGCGGCUUCAACUUCAUCUUAUUCGACAGCUGUGGCUUGCGGAAAAAAGCCAACAUAA